AUGAAGGACAUACCUAUUGUAAGGGAUUUUGAACUAAAAUUGGACAUUUUCAACGAGAUUUCUGAGAAGACUAAGACGAAGAAACUGUUGAGGAUAUUUGUUGGAAGCUCGGUUGAUGACCUCGGCCCUCUUCUGGAAGCAGAAAUAGGAAUUGUCAUCAAUCCUUGCGAUCACCUUUUGGCGGUAGGCUAUCAAUUUGGGAUGACUUUUAUGCCACUGUUGUGGGCAGUCAUUCAAAAAAGCAAACAAAUGCGAGAAGGAACAGGGAAUGAGAAGCCACAUGACAAUAAGAAGCCACCUCAUGACGAUAUUCUUGAACCUAAAUCUGCAAAGCCAAAGAAUGCUGGUGUUAAGGCAUUGUCAGGUUCUCGGUUGUAUUUUGAUGGCUCUGAGAAGCCAAAGAGUGUUUGUGCUAAGCCACCUCACUACGAUAUUCUUGAACCAAAGCCAAAGAAUAGUGGUGUUAAUAUAUUGUCACCUAAGUCUACAACACUUUUGACACUUUUGUUAAAGGUAAAGGAUGCUGUAAAGCUAUCUUUAGCUGAGAAUGAAGCUAAGACUGCUAAAGAUGAGAAUGUGAAAGUUGAAAAGCAACAAGCUGAGAAGCCAAAGAGUGCUGCAAACAUACCUUCAAUUGAAAAUGAAGCUAAAACUGCUGAAGAUGAGAAUGUGGAAAAAAGCAACAAGCUGAGAAGCCAAAGAGUGUUGCAAACCUACCUUCAACUGAGAAUGAAGCUAAGACUGCUGAAGAUGAGAAUGUGA